ACAACAAUUGUAACAGUUUCUGAGCUGUUUGCUACUCAUGAGAUGCAGAUGAAAGCUACAGCUACCUCGAUGAAAUAACAUCAUGGAGCAAAAAGGAGGCACGGAUGGAGAGGAGUCCUUCGAGGCGCUGGAGAAGCAGUUCCAGUUGGUCCUCACGGAACUGCUGGGAGAUAAGAGCGUGGAAAAGUUCCGCACGGAGUACGAGAAGAUCACCGGCGCCCUCAGGAAGGCCCACGAGAGCGAGAAGAGGCUCAUGUCCAAAUGCAGGGAGCUCAACGCAGAGAUCGUGUCCAACUCCACCAAAGUGGAGACGGCGCUGAAGCUCUCGCAGGAAGAUGAGGCCACCAUCAGAUCUCUGAAGAAGGAAUUAGAGAACGCUUGGAAAACAGUGGAUGCAGCUCACGAUAAAGAGAUCAAAGCCAAGGAAAACAUUAUAACUCUCAAACAAGAGAUCUCAAGGUUGACCCAGCUGGCUGAGCAGGGAGCCGGCUUGUCUGAGGGUCAAGAGCACAGUGUAAAUAACUUGAAGCAGGCCGUGGAUGAGUUGACCGGGGAGCGAGAUGAGCUGGUCUCCAGUGUGGAGCGUCUGAGAGACGGCCUCGCCCAGGCCUCUGCCACGCAGCAGCAGAUGGAGGCCCAGAUAGAGAACUCCAGCCAGGCUGUCUCCCAGCUGCAGCAGGAGCUGCAGGUCCGCCAGAACGAGCUCUCCCGGGAGACGCGGCAGAAGGAGAAGCUGGAGAAGGAGGUGAAGCAGUUGCACGCAGACGCGGAGGCCAAGACGUCUGAGCUCAAAGCCCUGAGCCAGCAGGGACAGCGAGCCAAGGACGAGCAGCAGAGGCUGGAGCAGCAGCUGAAGGAGCUAAAGGUAACGAACGAGCGCAGUGCCAGGGAGCUGGAGCAGAUGCAGGCGAAGAUCAGCAAGCUGCAGCAGGACAACGAGCAGCAGUCGGUGGCCGUGGAGCAGCACACCCUGGAGAACCAGCAGAAGGCUAACGAGCUGAGGAUGAAGGAGGAGGAGCUAAAUCUGAGGCGCCAGGAGAUUGCCAAGUUAACGAAGGCGCGAGAAGCCAUCCAGAAGAAGUCCAACCAGAUGGAGGAUCAGAAGGGGGAGGCGGAGGUGCAGCGGGAGACGCUCAAAACACAGCUCGGCGUCCUGGAGAGAGAGCUGGAGGUGUUCAGGAAGCAGGCGGAGACGGAGAAGAAGGCGGCCGAGGAGCUGGCACGGGAGAGGGACAUGCUGAACAAGAACCUGAUCAAGGUCACAGACUCGACAGGGAAGCAGCAGAUCUUCCUGAAGCUCCAGGAACAGGCACAGAAGAACCUCGAGCAGGAGGUUCACAACUACCGGGAGGAAGCCCAGAAACAGCAGAAGAUCAUCCACCAGCUGGAGAAGGACCGCGACCGCUACAUCAACGAGACCAGCGGCCUCAGGAACAAGGUCCAGCAGCACACGGACGACCUCAAAGUCAACGAGACGGAGAUCGCCGAGUACAAGAAGAAGACCUGUGACACGGAGCAGCGACUGGCCAGCCUCCACACCCUCUACGAGAAGGUGGUGGCCGAGAGGAACCUCUACAGCAAGAACCUCGUCGAGAUCCAGGAUGAGAUCGCAGAGCUGAAGAGGAAGCUAAAGUUCAAGAGCCUGGAGAUCGAGCAGCUGAAGGAGGAGAUCAGCGGCAAGGAGGCCACCAUGUCCCGGGAGCACCAGGACGCCCUGCGCGUGGAGAGGGACAACGAGGGGCUCAAGGCGAAACUGCAGCUAAUGAAGCAGCAGGCGGAGGAGACAAGGCAGCGCAUUGACGGCCAGAAGGCAGAGGAGCGGCAGCUGCAGAGGACCAUAGCCGAGGCUGACGCUGAGGCAGCGCGACAGAAGAAAGAGCUGGACCAGGUAUACAGCGAGCUGGAGAUCCUCGGCUCACAGAUGCUGUGCCGCAACGACCAGCUACGGCUGCUCCACCUGGAGCUCAAGACCAAGGACUGCCUCCUCGCCAAGACGGACUUCCAGUACAGCCAGCGGCUGGAGGACAUCCGCCUGCUGAAGCUGGACAUGCGCAACCUGAGCCGGGAGAAGAGCAUCCAGAGCCGGCUGGCCUCCAACGCCAAGGACCUCAGACGGGAGCUGUUCCACAUCCACAAAGAGCUGCUGCAGGAGAGGAGGAGGUUCUGCACACUGGAGGAGCAGCUUAGGACCCCCAUGAACGUUCACCACUGGCGGAAGCUCGAGGCCAACGACCCUGAAUACUUUGAGCUCAUCCAGAAGGCCCAGGACCUGCAGAAGGCGCUGGUCACCAAGAACCAAGAGGUGAUGGACAAAGACCUCCUGCUGAAGGAGAGAGAGCGCGUGUACCUUGAGCUGAAGGAGCUCCUGGCCCGUCAGCCCGGCCCUGAGGCCUUCGAGCAGCUCCAGCAGUGUCAGAGGGCGCACCGGGAGAAGACCAAGAAGUUCAAGGCACUGACUGCAGAGCUCAACAUGUACGAGUCCAAGAUCCAGGAGUACAAGAGCGAUAACCAGGUGUUGAUCAACCAGCUGCAGGACAUCAAGAAGAAGUACCUGAGUCUGAAGCAGCAACAGAGAGAGGAGAAGAGCGCGGCCAGGACCGUCUUCCCCAUGAUCCAGAGCCCCCUCUGUCACCGCCAGCGCUUCACCGGAGGGGGGUUCAGCCUCAGCGCACCCGCCAAUAAAUAGUGGAGGGAGGGACACACACACACACACACACACACAUGUGCACACAUACAGGGUCAUACACACACACGCACGCUCACCCACACAAACACGCACACAUGUGCACAUAUACACAGUCACACACACACACACACACACACUAACUUAAGCAUUAACGUGUGUCAGGAAUGCUGUUUUAAUAAAAAGUGGAGAGAAUAAAGUUGGUAGGGUUGAGGGAUGUUGAGAGACUCCUCUCAGAGCUGGGGUAUUCAUGCAAGGGGCAGGGGGGGGGGGGGCAGCAAAGAGAGUGAAUGAGAUGAAACAGAAUAAAAGGAGGAGGGGGGGGAGGGUCCUUUAUCGUUGGGGAAACCGAGAUAAUAAACUGAAAAAUGAGAUGUGAGGAGAAAGUGAGCUUUUAUUGGAUCGAGCGAGAGGAAGAGCGAAAAAAGACAGGCGGAAAUAUAGAGCAGGAUUGUAAAAAGAAAAAAAUAAUGCCAGAGAGGGAGAUGCCUGCUCGUAAUUCCUCCCAGGUCUGCAGUCCUCUGCAUCAGAACAUCCCUAAAAGCCUUCCAUCAUGAAUAAUUGCAUUUCUGAAAAAAAAGGAAAAUCUGAUCUUGAAGUACCAGACUGCUCCCCCCCCCCCCCCCCAUAUCACACAGAAACAGACACACGCACACACACAAAUACACACACACGCGCGCAAAUGCACACGUACACGCGUGCGCACACAAGUGCCCAGACACACACAACCCCCUUGCUAUCGAAAUUGAAUGCAACUAGAUAUUGUUGUCUGUUGUGAUGAAUGGCAGUUAGGUGCAGUGUUUUGGGAAACGGCCACAUCACCUACCUUUGUGUCAAUGUUGACAAGGUUGUUUUUCUCUUCAUUUGACAGGAGCGGUUUGAUUGUGCAGCUUGUAAUAAGCAAGAUUACACAACUAAGCUCUAAUUACAACUACAGGCUUGAGGUAAUUAGACCUGGGAAGUACAGUAUGCAAAGAUCCACCUGAUGCUUGAAAGAUUUUAUACAAAUACACUGUGUACAUGCUGUCAUAGUGAUAAUAAUGAGAUAUAUUUAAUGAUUUUCAUUUCAUUUUCUCCUCCUGGUACAAACUGCUGUUGUCCCUGUGAUAAAAAGAUCUUCAGUUUGUAUCAAAUAUAAUCAUGCCUCGAAAGCAA